AUGCCGUCGCAGCCAAUCCCUAUCGGUCAGGACGCCACUGCACCCCGCAACGCGCCGGGUGCCGGUCUCUCGCAGUCAGCCGGAGGCUUGUUUGGCAAGUGGAACGCAUUCUCGAUGAACAGCACCAAGGCAUCUCCGCCCAAGGACAGCUUUGACGCGCACGCAGCCGACUCGUUUGGCGAUAUCGGCGACCUGCGCGAGCGCGGCUGGGCUGCCGCGCAGCACGGUGGCGCCCGUCGCGCAAUGAGCAUGAGCAUGAGCCCGACAGCCGUGUCAGGCUUUACGCCCAUGAGCCCGCCGCAGGCGACCGCGCUGCGUGACAACCUUGCUCGUGGCGAGGGCGCACUCCGCCGUCUCUCGCUCGGCGGUUUUGGCAGACCCACUCCGAUGCCGACGCAGGCCGCCCAGCCGUCGGCGCCUAACCCGCCGCCUGUACACGCGGCUCCGCCGUCGCAGCCUAUGCUUGCGCCGCCGGCGCCGCCUGCCGACCACAGGCGCAUGUCGCAGGGUCGUCGCCGUUUCUCCGAGUCAGGCGCCCGUCGUCGCGGGGUCAGCCCCAUGGGCGAGCGCAUCCUGCGCGACCACCUCUAA